AUGGCUUCUUCAUCUUCUUCUUCGUCCUCACGUUCUCACAACUGGUUAUACGAUGUCUUCCCGAGCUUUCGCGGAGAAGACGUCCGCGUAACUUUCUUGAGCCACUUCCUCAAAGAACUGGACCGAAAACUGAUCACUGCUUUCAAAGACAGCGAGAUCCAGAAAAGCCGAUCGCUCGAUCCCGAGCUUAGAAACGCAAUCAGGGACUCGAGGAUUGCUGUGGUCAUAUUCUCAAGAAACUACGCCUCUUCGAGUUGGUGCCUUAACGAAUUGUUGGAGAUCGUGAAUUGCGAAAAAGAGUUUGGUCAAAUGGUGAUUCCGGUUUUCUACGGUUUAGAGCCUUCACACGUAAGGAAACAAACCGGUUAUUUUGGCAAGAUCUUUGAUGAGACAUGCCUCAAAAGCACAAAGGAAUUGAAGCUUCAAUGGAAAGAAGCUUUGACCAAUGUAGCAAAUCUCCUUGGAUAUCAUUCAGUGACAUGGGGUAACGAAGCUACAAUGAUUGAAGCAAUCGUCAAUGAUGUUUUGGACAAACUGCUUUUAACUCCAUCAAAGGAUUUUGAGAACUUUGUUGCCAUUGAUGAACAUAUCUCUCAAAUGAGUGAAUUGUUGGAGUUAGAAUCUGAGGAAGUGAAGAUGAUUGGUAUAUGGGGUUCCUCGGGGAUUGGCAAGACUACAAUCGCAAGAACUCUGUUCAAUCGUCUCUCCAGACAUUUCCAAGGUCGUAUCUACAUAGACAGGCGUUUCAUAGCUAAGAGCAUGGACAUUUAUAGCAAGAACAACCCGGACGACUAUAACAUGAAGUUGCACUUACAAGAAAAGUUCCUCUGUAAGAUACUAGACAAGAAGAUGAUAGAGGUUGAUCACUUGGGUGCUGUGAAAGGGAAGCUAAAGGACAUGAAAGUUCUUAUAUUUAUUGAUGAUUUGGAUGACCAAGUUGUGCUAGAUACAUUGGUUGGUGGGGAAGAAUGGUUUGGUCCUCGAAGUAGAAUCAUUUUGAUUACAAAAGAUAAGCAAAUUCUAAGAGGUCAUGGGGUAAAAUGGAUUUACGAGGUUGGUAUGCCGUCUGCAAAAGUAGCUCUUCAGAUUUUCUGCCAAAAUGCUUUCAGGCAACGUUCUCCACCUGAUGGUUUCACCGAGCUCGCUUAUGAAGUUGCCGCGCGUGCAGGUCGUCUUCCUCUAGGUCUAAACCUACUAGGUUCGAGUAUGCGUGGGAGAAACAAGAAGUAUUGGAUAAACGUGUUGCCGACUUUCCGGCUAGACGGGAAGAUUCAGAGAGCACUACAAGUUAGCUACGAUGGAUUAGAAAGAAGAGAACACAAGGAAUUGUUUCGUCACAUUGCUUGUUUUUUCAACGGUGAUGAAGUCGAUAACAUCAAGUUGAUGCUUGCAGAUAGUGAGAUGAAUGUUGAUAUAAGUCUUGAAACUCUAAUUGAUAAGUCCCUCAUACAUGUACGCGAAAAGAACAUCGUGGAGAUGCACUCUCUAGUAGAAGAAAUGGGAAAAGAGAUUGUUCGUGAACAGUCGGACGAGCCAGGAGAACGAGAGUUCUUAAUAGACUCAAAGAGUGUAUGUGAGGUACUUGAAGACAACACGGGUACUAUAAAAGUUAAAGGUAUAUCAUUGGAUCUAUAUAAGACUGGUGAGUUGCAGAUCCAUAAGAAAGCUUUCAAAAAGAUGAAAAAUCUACGUUUCCUAAACAUUUACACUAGGAAAUGGCAGCAUAACAAAGAAGUUAGAUGGCACUUACAUGAAGACUUCAACCAUUUCCCCCAUAAACUUAGACACUUGUGGUUUGACGGAUACCCAAUGAGACACAUACCUUCUAAUUUUCUUCCAAAAAAUCUAGUUAAUCUCAGAAUGGAAGGGAGCAAACUCGAGAAGUUGUGGGAUGGAAUUCAUUCACUUACAGGGCUCAAAAAUAUGGAUUUUAUGGAAUCUACGAAUCUAAAAGAGAUCCCAAAUCUUUCCAUGGCUACAAAUCUAGAGACAUUUAAUCUUGCGUAUUGCUCGAGUUUGGUGGAGCUUCCUUCCUCUAUUCAGCAUCUUAGCAAACUGAAGGAGAUAAACAUGUCAUUCUGUGCAAAUUUGGAGAUUCUUCCAACCGGAAGGUACCUCAAAUCUCUCGAACAGCUCAGUCUCGAGGGAUGCUCAAAGUUAAAGAGUUUUCCUGAUAUCUCAAGCAAUAUCUCUGUGCUCAAUCUAAGCGAAACAGCGAUUGAAGAAUUGCCCCCUAACUUGCGUCUAGAGAAUCUUGUCGAGCUUCAGUUGUAUAGAAUGAAAAGUGAGAAAUUGUGGGAAAGUGUUCAGCCGCUUACACCACUCAUGGCCAUGUUAUCUCCCUCUUUGACGAGGUUGUUCCUCUCAGAUAUCCCAACUUUGGUGGAGCUUCCUUUAUCAUUUCAGAAUCUCAAUAAUCUGGAAUGGUUGAGCAUCACACAAUGCAUAAAUCUGGAGACUCUUCCAAAUGGCAUCAACUUCGAAUAUCUUGAUUUCCUCGACCUCACUGGAUGCUCACGGUUGACGAGCUUUCCUGAUAUCUCAACCAACAUCUCAGAGCUCCAACUAAACGAAACAGGGAUUGAAGAGGUUCCUUGGUGGAUCGAGAGUUUCAGUAACCUAAACGUGUUAAGCAUGUGGGAAUGCAAAAACCUGAAGCAUGUUUCCCUCAACAUUACAAAACUGAAACAUCUUGAGAAGGUUGACUUUUCUGAUUGUGGGGCAUUGACCGGAGUUAGCUUGCAUGAUACUCCAAGUGCGGUGGCAACGGCAACAGAUAGUGGUAAUACAAGAACUACUCUUGACGAGGCUUUUUCAUCUUUUCAUGAAUAUAUAUAUACACCAAACAUGAUCUCGCUCAAUUUCGCAAAAUGCUUCAACUUGAAUCAAGAAGCUUUUCUUGAAACACAUACAGUGUUGCAAGAACUAAUCUUGCCAGGGGAAGAAGUGCCUUCAUAUUUUACUCAUCAAACUUCUGGAACCUCCUCACUAACCAUCCCAUUGUCUCCGAGCUUUCUCUCGCAAACGUUCGUCAGAGUUAGGGUUUGCGCUGUUCUUAUGUCUACAAGUGGUGUCAACGGAGUAGAUAUCAACGUAAACGCUCGGUUCAAAGGCAGAUCGGGGAACAUCUCUGAAUCCUAUGGCCAGCGACAUAGAUUUUGGGCAGUUCAUAACGAUAGUCAUCUGUUUAUAAUGGACUGUCGUUUUCCUUUGAACAAAGACAAUGCUCCUUCUCUAGCUGAACUGAACUACGAUCACGUGGAUAUACAACUUCAGGUAAGUAGUAGUUUUUUUCAACAUGCAGUGGACGAGAAGGAUCACGAGUACUCUACGUUCAAAUGGGGUGUACGCAUCUUGAACGAGUAUUCAUCAGUGGAGAGCGGACUUGGUAAUCCAAAUACUCUUCCACAUGUUAAUGAUGAAUGCCAUGAGGCUGAACAAGGUGAAGAAUGUGGAGAUGGCUUGGUGGAGAUAGAGAGACGCAGGGAGAGAAUGCGAGUAAGCUUUAAGCUGAUAAGAUUCAUCACACAUGUUACUUCAAGAAGAAGCAAAAGAAAUGAGAUAUUGAAGGUUUUGGAGAGAAGUUUGAAGAGGGCUCGAAGGAUUAAUGAAGUCAAAGUCUCCAGUUGA